GAAGACACUUUGUCUAACACGCUUGCAACUUAUACUUUUGUCCUAGUACUCGUAAGCGAAGUUCUUGACACGAUAGUCAGCUCGGUAUCGUUCUUACCACUCAGGCGUGCAACAACUACUUGUAUCACAACGAUGCAUAUUUUCAUUAGAUAACAAUUGCCGUUUGAUAGUGUGAUGCUUAAAGUGUGAAGAAACCGCCGCUCGAAAGAGCGUGACUUUUAGGCCGUCAUGGAUGAAGGACUAGGCGAGGACGCAGCAGCUGCUAAUGAUGCGCUGGUGUCUGGUCUCGCGGACGAGCUAAGCCGGCGGCUUACAAACAGCGACCCGGUACCUCCACCGCCGCAAACAGAUAGCGGUGGCUCACUAAAACCUCCCCCGCGUAUCCUUUGUGAGGAGCGCCACGACUGCACGGUUGAUGAUGCCGACCUGCGCUCCAUUGAUCAUGGCUUGGUUUCAAAGUGGCGACAAAAGGAGAAACUAAAAACGACAAGCGUGGCGCUGGUGCUUUGCUUGAACAUCGGCGUGGAUCCCCCGGAUGUGAUUAAGAUAUCGCCGUGCGCCAGGCUGGAGUGCUGGGUGGACCCAAUGUCGGCACAGCCCGCAAAGGCGCUCGAGCACAUCGGCAAGAACCUGCAGGCGCAGUACGAGCGCUGGCAGCCGCGCGCCAAGUACAAGAUGCACCUUGACCCCACCGUGGAGGACGUCAAGAAGCUGUGCCUCAGCUGCAGGAGGAAUGCAAAGAACGAGCGCGUGCUGUUCCACUACAACGGCCACGGCGUGCCUCGGCCGACCGCCAACGGGGAGGUCUGGGUGUUCAACAGCCGCUACACGCAGUACAUACCGCUGUCCAUAUACGAGCUGCAGAGCUGGCUGGGCACCCCCUGCAUCUACGUGCUGGACUGCUCCGCCGCCGGCCUCAUCAUCUCCGCCAUCCGGCAGCUGCUGGAGCAGCAGCGCAGCAGCGAGGCCAUGAGG